AUGACUUGGGAGUUAGCUGAAUCAGGAAAGCAUUUUAUCACUACAAUUAUAAAUAAUUCAGAUUUGGUACCCACAUUAUCAGCUUCCUCUGUUGAUGAUCUCCGAUCUGAGGUUGCUGCGUCAUCUUGGUUAAAUGAUUUAUGGAAUCACGUGGAGCGCACAAAGGUUCUGAAUGUUGUCUACCGCUCAGCAAGUACCCUUGGAUCUCAUCUACAAUCUAUAUCUAGUGCAAAAGACAAAGUAACUGGUGCCGGUGCUAUUCUACUGCCAGUAACCAGUGGUACCCAGACCGUGAUAAGACAUGCGCAAAGUGUUGCAAAAGUUGUUGUCAAAACUAUGGCUGCACACAGUCAAAAUAUUGGUUCAUUACCAAAAUCUAAAUUGAAUAACUUGACCAAAACUUCUAUUGUACCAAAAAAUAUCAGUAAAUCUCUUCUGACUGAAAAUGUAUCUAUGCUUAGUGAAAAUGAACCAAACUCCUCAAGUGUAAGAUCUGGACUUGAUAUUGUAGAUGAAGAGGAGCAACUCAUUGAUGUCAAUGAACACAUCAACACUUCUGUGACUGAAGGCGAAUUGUGGUAUGAGUUGGAGAAGAAAAUGAAAAAACAGAUAUUAGUCGGGACUAACGUAGAAGAGGCAGCUACAGCAAAAGAACUAACUGCUGAAGAAAAUCAGCUUAUUGAUGCUGCUCAAAGUAGCAACUCAAUGUCAAAAUCUGACACUGUAGAUAACUAUUGUUUGUACCCACCAGGUAAAAUUAUGCAUAUUGUCUCUGCAGCUUCAUCUGAUAGUUCAAAUCCCAUGGAGGAACAUACCAAAUUAUAUGAAACACCUAGACAGCUAUAUAGCAAGCUCAGACUUUCAAGAUCAAUGAUAAAAGAUCAUUACAUGCCAACAUAUAGGAAGAAGAUACAAUUAUUAAUCAAACAAUUAGAGAAGGAUCAUAACAAAUAG